UGGACAGCAAAUAUCAAGCAGAAGUUGCUCGUGUCAGAAGCUCUACCUAUAUUUACGGAGCGCCUCCGUGAUAGUACUGAUGCUGAAGAGUAAGCCGUGUUUGUGCUUACUGUUGAAAUCUCAACCCUAGGCGGUGAUGUACAAUGGCUGGCUGAUGGAAAGCGAUUGUUGUUUGGCAGAGGCAGUGAAAGAAUUCAGACAAUUGCAUCUGGAAAACUCCGCAGUCUUGUUAUUGACGAUGUGAGAAUUGGUUAUGAUGAGAAAAUCUAUACCUGUCGUCUUGGUGAUGAGUGAAUGCUCAACAAACUUUAGAAUAACAAGUGCUCCACUAAGGUUUGUAAAGAACUAUAUGACUGCAGUUUCCAGCCUGGAUCAAAAGUUUUUCUUACUUUGCGAACUCAACAAGCCUUCAAAUGAUAUCUUAUGGAGUUUCGAUGGAGACCGCAUCAAAGAAGACCGUAGAAAAACCAUAAGGAUUUCUGAUGGGGGCAAAAAGCACAUUCUGGAAAUCCUCGACUUCAACACUGAAGAUAGAGGGAAGUAUGUUGUAAAAUCUCGAACACAAAAUGCUUAUACAAAAGCAAUAAUUGAUUUGGCAAUUGCACCAUCACUUUUCGUACCUGAUGACAAUGUGACCGCCCAUACUGGUGGAGGCAUCAUCAUCCCUGUCCAAUGCAAAGGAAUACCAAGACCGAAAUACCAAUUGUAUAAGGAGGUUGGAGACCAACUACUGCCAAUGGAUGAUGAAUAUUUGGAAAUAGAGCAUGAACAACUUAAAGUUAUGUUUUGUAAGCCAAUGCGUUCAGAUUCUGGAAAAUAUCAAAUUGCUGCAACCAAUAAGCAUGGAAAAUCACAUGCUAAAUUUGACUUGUUAGUGAUUGGUAAGCCAUCAUCUCCGAUCCAUCUCACUGUCACUGAAGUGACUUCAUCAAGCGUAUCACUGAUAUGGUCAGAACCUGAAGAAGAUGGCGGAAGCCCUAUCACCAAGUUUUUAGUAGAAAAAAGAGAUAUCAAAAGGAAAAUGUGGCAAAGUGUAUCUGAUGAUGUUGAAGACACUGAAAUAACUGUCAAUAAGUUGAUUGAAGGUAGCAGCUACCUUUUUCGCGUUUCAUGUGAGAAUAGGGUUGGGUUAUCUCAACCCGUACAACUGGUAAUCCUAUUCUGGUGAAACCACAAUAUGGUCCACCAGAAGAGCCUAAAUUUCUUAAAGCUAUCGAAGUAAGAUGUGGAUCAUGUUACUCUAAACUGGAUCAAACCGGAAUUGAUGGUGGUGAAGAAAUCCUAGGUUACAUUGUUGAAAUGAGAGGAAAAAUGGAUUCAAUUUGGACUCAAUGCGUAAGAACUGAAGCUGGCGAAAAUGAAGUUAGAGUAUGUCAACCGGAUGUUGUCGAAGGCCGCCAAUACUAUUUCCGGGUAUUAGCUUUCAAUAAAGCUGGAAACGGAAAACAUAGUGAACCUACGACAUUAAUUCUCGUUGAAGAUG